UAUUUUAUUAUUUAUGUAUUUAGUUUUGGACCCGAUAAUCCUCCAUACUCCGUAAACGGGCUCUGGUUCAAUCCCACCAUCGUUUCCGGUUAAGUAAACGAGUUCCCACGUUUUGGCAGGACUGAACGCGCUCCUACCAGAAUUAUGCGCAUCUGACACGCAGCUAAGAUUCCCUGAUUGCCCUUCGGUUUGUUUUCACAUUUCAAUCCCAGUCUUGUAGCUACUACAGUAAGGCGUUAUCACUUAAAACACGUAAAAAAUAAGGUAACGUUAUACAAUCCUUCAAUAAUCAAUCACAGGUUAUCUCAGAAUUUAUAUCAUGGCAGUGGACUCGCUUUCGAAUAUAUGUGCAAGUCUUGUGGCAACCUAUGCAGACCACUUCCACAAAGACAUCAUCGCCUUACCCGUGCACAUCAAGGACAGACUGGUGCGGAUCAUGACAUCUCAUGGCACAGUCACCGACCUCAACAUCAGUCAGCUUCUGCAUGCUGGGAUACACAAUUUGGACUUGCAGAACUGCCCGGUAUCGGACUCUGCCCUGAGACAGAUUCACUGCCCUGAGCUCCGGACAAUUCUCUUGCGAGGCUGCCUCUCUAUCUCCUCAGAAGGGGUGGGGGCCCUGGCCUCCUCCUGCCCCCGCCUGCAGGUUGUGGACCUGACGGAGUGUGCUGGGGUGGCAGACCGGGGUGUCCUGGCCCUGGCUCGCUGCUGCCCCGCCCUGCAGGUGCUCUCCCUGGGGGACUGCCCCACCGUGGGAGAUGCCUCGCUGCUGGCGCUGGCCGGGAGCUGCGGGCUGCUGCACAGCCUGUACCUGUCUGGAACACAGGUCACGGAUGUGGGUGUCACUGGGCUUGCUACAGGACUCUGCUCCAACAACCUUAAAGAACUGCAGCUGGCUCGGUGUAGUAACCUGACUGACCGGGCCGUGACGGCUGUCCUCACACACUGCCCCAACAUCCGCAUCUUCAACUUCCAUGGAUGUCCUCACAUCACAGAUCGUUCCAGAGACGCCCUCCACAACCUCACCGGCCCUGACAAGAUACAACAAGUGUCCUGGACUGUUUACUGAGGACGUGAGGGGAGGAAACUUGAGGCUCUCUCUCAAAACGUCUGAAAGGUGACUGGGUGACGGACAGUCUUGUCAUACUGUUCUAUGAUCCACCGUGACUUCUGUGAUUGACAAAGUGGGUCCCAGUGAGCAGAAACACAGGUUUAGUAGUUGGUGAAUGUCAGAGGAUAUGAUACAAUGGACUUUUGUAUUCUUUAAAAACCCAUCUUAGAAAGUCCCAAAAAUAAUUGUGUACUGGAAAAACCCAAUGAAUGAAUGCUCUAUUGUCCAAACCCAGUGAGUUAUCGUGUAUCAGUCCUUGACUCUGGAAUGAGCUGAAGGGAGGCAACCAUGGUUCAAUGGGGGUUUCUAUUUGAAUUUAUGACAGAAAUAAGGAGUCCAUGUUUGUGUUCCUUUCAUCUGGACUAGAGGGGGACCCCCUCAUCCAUCAGACCAGAGUGAAGGAGAACCAAGAUGAAGGAUCUUUGCACAUGGGGUAGAAGCACUUUUGCUUGCGUUUGUAUGUGUCAGCUUGUAGGUUCAUAGACAACGCUGAAUUGUGAGCCUUUCUUAAAGGCAAAUUUCCACCAAACACUUGAUUGGUUUACAAGUUUAAUGACACAGAUCUACUCUGUACUGUUUGCAUUGUUGAUCUUAUAAACAUCUUGAGGGGC